AUACCGAUCCCUUGAUUGGUGAGAUGUGAAGCCAAACUCAAAACAGAAGACAGACUAAAACAUAGCAAAAAGAACAAUUCGUAAACCGCGCGCUGAGAGCAAAGUUUGUUUAUAUUGUACAUGACUCAUGCGGUUUCCAGCGAGCACCCCGCCUAGGAACAAAGCAGGAUACGGGGCCAAUUUAGCGAUAUUUGGUGUAGCAAGAUUCAUAAGGCGACUCAAUUGCAAUGUUGCAGUUCACUUCAUGGCUAACCUGUAUGUUUUCAUUUGCUAAUGGGAAGAACAAAGGAGCCAAGCUUGAUUUCAAGAGUUUGAGUAUCGUGAAGUAUAGUUUGGAAUUAUUGAGAAAUAGAACAGAAAGGAUAACAUUCCCAUUGUGGCUGAAUGCUGAUAUCCUUAAAGGUCCUGUAAGAAGCAGCCAUAGUCCUGUUGAUGCUGACAAAUUUCUGGCUCUAUGUACAGAAUACUUUCCUCAGGCCACAUUGUCAGUGGGAUGGACAACUCAGUACUCAGAGGAAGAUAAACCUGGUGCAUAUACAAAGGAGAUGGUUGAGGAGAUGGUAGCCACACUGGAGAAAAAUAACAUAACCCAGCCAAUCACAUUUCCUAUACGCGCUGCUUUUGUAGGAGAGUCAUUAGACAACCUAGAGUGGCUCCUUGACUCCAUUCCAGACAGUACCAUUACUAUAUGGAGCUCAGAAAGUGACAAAAUUGAAGUUCUUGAUCUCAUGACCUUGCGUGAUAAUGUAGGUGAAGACGCUGUUUAUGUUGACCUCCCAGAAGACCAGAUGAAGGAAUUUGAAGAAGCAAAGAAUGGGGGUGAAGGGAACGCAGCUGUUGGAUUUCAGCUUCUUCCAAGUAACGUGUCUGUGUGGGUAACAACAGGGGUUGCCAUUGCAACAGCAUUGGCUGCUUUGUAUUUGUAUGACUAACUUUUUUUUUCAUACAAGGAAACUAUGAUGUAAAACAUUUUAAUCAUGCAUGUAAAGACUUUCCAACAAACUCACGCUUACACUCACACUCUUUUUUCCCUCCUUCCUUCAUCCCUCUUCUGUUUUUUUGUUUUUUACACUGUCCUCCUCUAUUUUUUCUUCCCCUCUCUCUCCUACCUUCACUUUAUGUGUUGUACAUAUUACUAAUGUUAAACAUUAGUAACUGAAUACUUUGUAUACCUAGGUAAGAUAUAGAUAUAUACCUAUAUACACAAUUAAUGGUGACUUUAAUGGGUGAGGAAAUUAUAUUACUGGUUAAUGGUAAUUGUAUUGGGUAUUUUCUUCCAUAUUUUUGACAAUGGAAUAUUAAAAUAUAUAUCUAAUAAUGUGUUUUAUUGGACUGAAUCAUGCCUGCUUUCCUUAUAGCUUUAUGAAUGAUUUAAUAGAAAAUGAAAGACCAUUAUACUCUCCAUGGUGUUUUGAUAUUGAAAUGCAUUAAGAUGUCUCAUUAACCUAUUGACAAUGGCAACCCCUAGUGUCAGGGAGUAUGUGAAGUCUUUUGACAGCAUUACAGAAAAUAUUUUGGACAAUUGAACCCCAAAAGAGGCUUUAACCCUAUGUUUUGGGGCUAUGCAGGUGAAUGCAGGUCAGGGCCAAACAAAAGCACAGCUGUUUAGUGUGCACAACUCAACAAUUUAUGAUCUGAUGAUUCCAUUCUGGCAUGAGGGGUGGUCUGCCAUGAUGGUGUGGCUAUCAUCCCAGAAUGUCGGAGUUGUUGGAUUAACACAUAGGAACUAUU